AGGAGUAGCUGCGUUUCGUCUUCCUUGGUCUCCUUCGUCCACUGCAGGGCAACAGAAGAGAGAAGCCAUCACUCUCAUAUGGUCGCCAAGGUGGCAGUCGCAUCUGACUGCCUUCCCGGAACCUUCUUCUUCACCUGUGUCCCUCCCGUCCCGCCCCGGUGUCCAGCUCCCUCUGGAUCGAAGCUUUGAUUUUUCUGCACCCGUGCCUUCCCCUCCCAUCGAUCCAUUCCAUGUUUCUUGUCACACAAGUUACAACAUCAUCAGUUCAUCACCACACCCACGGUCCCACCACCAUCACCACCACCAGUGAGGAGUUGUAAUCGGACUUUUAUCGCCGGCCGGCCAGCCAUGGCCGCCACGCCGGAGGAGUUCCUGGGGCAAGGGGGUUUCCUCGCUGACCCCGAGCCCUUUUCCCCUUCGAUCUUCCUCAACCUCCCCCUGACGCCCCGUCCAGAUGGCGAGGACCUGGCAUCGUCGGACGACCUCGUCCAACCCUUCAUCUCGCGCAUGCUCAUGGAAGAGGACAUCGACGACAAGUACCCUGAUAACCCCGCGCUCCUCACCGCCCAGCAGCCCUUCGCACAGAUCCUCUCCGACACCGCCACGGCUUUCUCUUCCGACGCCGCCACCAUCAACGGAUGUGGCACCUUCACCCUCUCGCCGUCCUCCUCCGACGCCCCCACAUUCGCCAACGCCACCUGGCCCUACGACCCAGUUGAGCUCUCCCAGCUGCUCCUGUCCCCUCCAUACCGCAACAUGGGAGUCGGACUCAACGGCUUCACCGCCGACGAUGUCAGCCAACUCUUCUUGCCCGAGCAGGACGGCGCCAGCGCGGGAUUCCAUCAGAUUGUAGACGAGGCCAGCGCAUUCCUGAAUGGCGGCGGCGCGGCCAUCCAGAGUUCGGGAUUCUUGGAUGGCGCGGAGGAGGAGACGAUCACUACCUUGCCUGCUGCGGAUGGGGAACACGGCGCGCUGGCCUCUGCCUUCUUCAGUAGCCAGCACAGGGUAAACAUGGACAUGCUCAACCUGGCGUUCCUCAAGGGCAUGGAAGAGGCCAAGAAGUUCUUGCCCACCAACAACAGCCUCCUCAUCGACCUCGAGGCCACCUCCCGGGAGCACCUGCCUGGAGACGGCAAGCUGUCGCGUGUCUUUGCCGCCGGCCAACUGAAGAAGGGGGUGGUGGAUGGAAUGUCAAUGUUCCCAGAAAGAGGUAAUAGCAGGGGGCGCAAGAACAAGCAUAAUUGGGAUGACUUGGAAGCCGAGGCGGGCAGGAACAGCAAGGUGAUGGUGCCCGAGCCGGGGGAAACUGGGGAGAUGGUUGACAAAAUGAUUAUCAAUGUAUACGACAUGUGUCUCGAGAAAAUGAAGGGCCUGCGCAUCACUAUGGGCCGCGAGGCUGAGAAGAACACCAGGAAGGGCAAUGGGAAGUUGGCGCAGGGAAGGCAGAGCUCAAAUGAGGCUGUGGACUUGAGCACAUUGCUUAUCCACUGCGCACAGGCCGUGUCCAUGGACGACCGCCGGAGUGCGACCGAACUGCUUUUGCAAAUCAAGCAGCACUCCUCGCCAGGGGGAGACGCCAAUCAAAGGUUGGCACAUUGUUUCGCCGAGGGACUGGAGGCACGACUGGCAGGCACGGGGAGCACGGUGUGCAAGUCGCUCAUGACAAAGCGAACGUCGGUCGUGGAGCUCCUCAAAGCGCACCAACUGUACCUGGCAGCUUGCUGCUUCAGAAUGACGGCGUACAGGUUCUCCAACAUGACCAUCUGCAAGGCGAUUGCUGGGAGGAAAAAGGUGCACAUUGUGGAUUAUGGUGAGCAAUAUGGGUUCCAGUGGACAAGUUUGCUGGCCCUCUUUGCUACUUGGGAGUGUGGGCCACCGGAGGUGAGGAUCACCAGCAUUGUCCUCUCCCAGCCUGGGCUCCGUCCAGCUGAUCCAAUUGAGGAGACAGGGCGCCGGCUCAGCAAUUGCGCCCGCCAAUUUGGCGUGUCAUUCAAGUUCCGCAGCAUCGUGGUGAAGUGGGAUAUGGUUCGUGUAGAUGAUCUGAACAUUGACCCUGAUGAGGUACUCAUCGUCAAUAGUAUCAUCCAGUUUGGAAAUUUGAUGGAUGAGGGCAUCGAUAUAUAUAGCCCAAGCCCUAGGGAUGUGGUCCUCAGUAACAUCCAGAAGAUGCGGCCAGAUGUGUUUAUCCUUUGUGUUUUGAAUGGCUCAUGUAGCGUGCCAUUCUUUGUAACACGGUUCCGGGAGGCACUGUUCUAUUACUCUGCAAUGUUUGACAUGCUUGAUGCUACGGCCCCACGGGACUGUGACGAACGCUUGCUGGUUGAGCGUGACCUCAUUCGCCGGUGUGCUCUGAAUGUCAUCGCUUGUGAGGGCUCGGACAGGGUGGAGCGCCCUGAGACAUAUAAGCAAUGGCAGGUGCGGAACCACCGGGCACGACUUAGGCAGCUGCCGUUGUAUCCAGAUAUUGUUGAGAUGUUGAGGGAGAAGGUCAAGAACCAGUACCACAAGGACUUUGUCAUUGACGUGGAUCACCAGUGGUUCCUGCAAGGGUGGAAGGGGCGCAUACUCUAUGCCAUGUCAACAUGGGUAGCAGAUGAAGCUAUCUCAGAAUUGUAGCUGCACUUCUGCAUCCAUUCGGGAUAUAGAUAUUGAUGAUGGUAGAUAUAUUUAUGUUUCUGUGUUUAGCAAUGUCAAGUAGCUGUGGUUCAGCAGACUUCAUUUCAAGAUGGUUUGGAGAAGAGGUGAAAUUAAUAAGCUAGGAAUAAGAACAUGCAUAACAAUGUCUUGUAAAAUUAGAUGCUUAAUUAGGUGGCCUUGUUGCUGCUUAGAGAUACAUGGGAUCUUUAGAUAUAGUUCUAGGUAAUGUUGGUGCAGAGCUUGUGUUAAUGUACAACAAACUGAAGAUCCCUAGGUUUUUUUGUGCUAGUAUGGCUGUGUGUUGUUCUGUAGCUGACAAGCAAUUUAUGGACUAUUUGUUUGGCUUUUCA